AAGUACACAAAAUAUACAACCAUUAAAUAACAGUCCCAUUUCUAACCAAAAGUUACAGCUAGGUCCUCGAAUUAUCAUUCUCUGACAUCAUAGAAAGAAGGAGAUCGGGGAAAAAUGAAAGUAGGUUAGAUUUUCCACAACAUAAAUUAAAUCCUUCUCCUUCCCUAUCAUUGCAUGGAGCCCACUCCAUGAUAAGAUGUAUGAGUGAAUGACGAGUCUUCGACUUUCGGUUAUGAAAAUCUAAUAUCCUGAUAUUGUUGACAUGGGUAUGGGGACCUGCUGAAUUUCAAAAGAAGUGUGGGCUGAUAAUGGAGGACAGUUUACGGUGAUUACUAUUUUAUAGUGAUCUCCGUGGUUACUAAGGGCAAACUGGGUAUGACAAAAAAAAAAUUAAUUAGUUUUUUUAACAAAUUACAUUUUAGAAAGUUAUAAAAAUAUAUUAAUUACAACUUUCUCUUUCUUUCUCUCACUUCCACAAUCUCUAGCCAGAUCUCUCUUCCUUCUUUUUCUCAAUUUUUUCCUUGUUUUUCCUUCAGUUGAACUAAUACCGCUGCAAUAAUAAAACAAUACCAAUCCAUUAAAAAAACACUACUAAUGCACAAAACACCAAUACCAUUCGAGAAAUAAAAACACUACCAUUUCACAAAACACCAAUACCAUUGCAGAUUUAAUAAAUAUCAAUACACACAAAUCAUACCAUUAUAUGAUAAUCAAUACCAAUGAAAAAAAGAGAAAAAAAUACUAAUGCGAAAAACACUACCAAUAGUCCACUAUAGAGAAAAGAACACUUCUAUUUCACAAAAAAAGCAAUCACUUACAUGAUAAUCAACACUAAUGCGGAAAAAACAAUACCAAUGUGAAAAAAUACUACCAUUACGAAAAAAUUACUAUCAAUGCGAGAAAAUCAGAUUUAGGAUUUUUAUUCAUCCCACAUUUUCCAGCCUCUAGUGAGAGAUAGAGAGAUUGCGAGGUGAGGGGAGGAGGAGGGCAAUGGUGGUGAUGUAUUGUAUGGUGGUGGGUGGGAGGGCGGUGUGGUGGGGUGGGGUUGGGAGGAGAGGAGAGAAGGGACGGGGAGAGGGAUGACAAAGGGUGAGCGAGAGGAAGGAAUGGUGGAGGUUGGUCGGAAGGAGGGAUGGCGGCAGGUUGGCUAUUCGCCGGGAAGGGAGAGGAAGAAGGGAGGCAGAUGGUGAUUUGUUAGGGUUGGGGAUAUAUAAUUAUUUAGGAUUUGAUAGAAAUCAUCCCAACUCAUCCCUUGAUAAUGGACUUGUUUGUCUAUAAAAUAUCUUAAAAAGGCUUUUUAGAUUUCCACCCCUCCAUGUAAGCUUCGUUGAAAACUUAUGGUCCACGUCAUCACCCUACGCAAUAGUUCUCCUCAUUUUCCCCUUCCUUCGGGAAAAUAAUCCAUCCCUUCUGCUUAUAAAAAAAUACCAUCCUUCUGCCACCACCACUCUCUUGGAACCGCUUAUAUCAUGAAUUCUUUCAUUCGUCGCAAUCGUUCCUCCGUUCCAACAUAUCCACAAGUCUCCAAAUACAUUUAGAAAGAACAGGUUCUUAACCCUCAACCUCCGCCAGACAUCAUCGACAACUUCUGCCAUUGCUCCUCCCUUGGUGUACCCAUCGUCCCUCUACAAUAUACACCGUCGUUGAUCAAUAAGAGAGCGCGCCCAUAUGUUUUCUGCCAACUUUCCUUUCAACCUUUUGCUCCCAGCACGCCAGCCGUCAUGAAGUUUUUGACGGUAUGGAAAUCUUUUAUGAAUAUAAAAGCUUAUUGGUUAUGAGCACUUCUAUUAUACUUUAAAGUUUUGGUGUUUUAAGUUACAACUUGAAGUUGUAUUAUAACGUUACAUAUACAAGUUCAGGUUGUACCAUAAGAGGAUUUGGACAUUUAUGCUAUAGUACAACUUCAAGUUAUACCAUCACAUAAAUGUACAAGUUCAAGUUGUACCAUAAAAGAAAUUUAUACAAAAGGGUAUAGGUACAACCUAAAGUUAUACCAUAAGUCCAUAGCGUUAAAUGUACCACUUAAAGUUGUACCAUAAAAACAAAAAACUGAAGCACUAAUACUUUAAAGCCUCCUUAAAUUCCUCAUUGGUUAGUGAUAAUGCCCAACCCAAUAUUGUAGACGAAUGCAUCAAAAAUCAUAUUGAAUUGUGAUAUGCUGACGUCUAAACAACUUAGAUAAUGAUUCUUUCAUAAUCCUUCCCUUGAAUGCCUUGUUAAGAAUUCGGACACGCCACUAAACAUGCAACCAAGUGUUGGCAACAAGGGACGGGUUAGCAUGCUAACCCCUUAAGGGUUGGUUUUUUGACACCCCCUUUAAUUGGUCAAUUUUUCAUUAAUUAUUGACAAGUAUUAAUGAAAGUAAACAUAAUAAAUGUUCUGUUAUUAAAUACAAGUAAGCAUUAAAUACACCACAUUAAUUACCACUUUACUGCUAUUUGUACCACUGCACUGAUACUCAGAUAUGACAUUGCUACCAGUGCACUGAUAUCGCUACCAGUGCAGUGGUAUAUCUACCAGUACAGUGGUACAACGUAUUAGUGCAGUGGUAUAUCUACCAGUACAGUGGUACACCGUAUCAGUGCAGUGGUAUAUUUUUUGGAGGUGGUCGGAGGGAGUCUGCCGAUGGGAUUUUCACCGGAGAAGUGUGGCGGUCGGAGGAAGUCUGGUGGUCGGAGACUGCUGAAAAAGGAAAAAUUAAAUAUAGUGAGAGAAUUCCUAAUGUGUAUUUAAUGUGUGUAUUUAAUUCCUAAUGUGUAUUUAAUAGUGAGAGAAUUCCUAAUUAAUAUGAUACAUUUAAUUCCUAAUGUGUAUUUAAUGUGUGUAUUAAAUUCUAUAGUUGUAUUUAAUAUACUAUGGGGGUGUCAUUUUUCCAACCCCUAAGGGGGGUUAGCAUGCUAACCCACCCCUUGGCAACAAUACUCAACACAACACAUCAUAUCCUAGUAUUCCUCGUUUCAGUAUAUUUAGGAAGCUUUGGCAUUCGGGGCUUAGGAUAGGGUCAGUAACCAAUGGUUACUAACCUAUGAGUAACUAAAUCUGGACCUUUAGAUUUAAGUGGGUUCAGAAAAUUCAGAUCUAAGAGUUGUCAAUUAAAGACAUUUUAUUUUCCCUAGUUUUCUUAAUUGGCUCUUAUCUUCUUCGUUAUAACUCAGAUGUCAAAUUUUUUGCACAGAUGGAACGAGUUCGUUGUGCUCUACAAAAUGAGAUCAAUUUUCAAUAUGUUUCGAGAAACUUAUUUUUUACCAACUACAUAACAUAUGGUAACUUCUUCGCUUUUAAGUCGUUUUUGAAAACGUUUGCUCAGAAGGAACGAGUUCAUCAUGAUCUAUUGGAUCUAUAAAUUUAUGGGUGAAAAAAAUACAGGAUAAAAAAUUACCAUACUUUACCACUAUGGUAUGUGAUUGGUAACUUGUGGUAACUUGUAGUAAACAAUGAUGAAAGUCGUAAAUGACAGUUAAUAUACUCCUACUAUCAUGUAUUCAACCUUCUUACCAUAUUGGUAUGUUCAUACCAUCAUGGUACGCUUUCUUACCAUAUGGUAUUAAAUUGGAGCAUACCAUAUGGCAAUGACUGGUAAAAAAUUAUUCAGUUUUUUUUACUAAAAAUAUAUCAAAGUGGAUAUCAUUUUGAAGAGCAUAUUUAAUCUGAUUUAUCUGUGCAAAAAAAUUAAAUUUUGACUUAAAACGAGAGAGAAAUCGUCCGUUAAAGAUUAAAGGGGAAAAGAUAAAAGACUUUUCAGGAGAGAGAGGCUACUAAUGUCAUGCUGAUGUGGACAUGUUACUCAUGGUUACUAGGGGUGGUAAUCGGUGUACCGUUUAGUUCCACAUAGUUUUUGAUUACUUGUACCGGAAGAAACUGAAUACCUGGUUACCCGUUUAAUCCCUUCUAGCUUCUUUCAUCUUCUCCAAUCUCCACAAAGAAAGUGAGAAACCAUUCCCCUUCUCCCUCCAUGUGAUUCCUCUGUCUCCCUUUCUCCCUCCUCACAUUACUUUCUUUAACUUCCCCAAUGGUUACUGACCAUAGAGUUAUUGAUCUGAUCCGCUCCCGGCAUCCGGACGUAUUGUAUUACGAUAGCUAGACAUGGUGAGAUUUGAUAUCAGAUGGUGCGGCCGGUAUGUAGGCUUUGGUUUCCCCUCCCCGGGAAGUAGUGAUGGCAAUGGGGCGGGGCCGGUACCUUAAUUCCCAUGCUCCGCCCCACGCUAUUACAGGUCGGGGCGGGGCGGGUCGACCCAUUCUUACAUGUUGUUCAAAAAAAAUACAAGUAAAAUUUACUUUUUACAAUAAAAUGUAGGGAAAACACUUUAAGAAUGAAAAAUAUUGAUAAUAGAAUGGAUAAUUGAGCUUAACAAGUUGAAAGAUCAACUCUAACUAGUUGAAGAAAAGUCAAAAUAUGAGAAAUAUGUAUAGAUAUUGUAAGAAAUUGAAAUAAAAUGAGUCUAAAACCGGGCGGGCGGAACAGAAGUAGAUACCCAUGCCCCGCCCCACACUACUGCGGGUCGGGUAAUACUCGCCCCAUCGCGGAUCAGAUCGAGUAAUACCCGCGGGGCGGGUUGAAAUCGCCAUCACUACCGUGGAAGGUAAAGUGCUAAUCCCAAUCCGCUGUGGAGUGGGCUUUUUAUUUAUUGAUGGAGAAGCCUAUAUGCAGUGGCGGACCCAGGAUUAUUGAAGAGGGGUGUCGCCAAUAAAAAAUUAUAAUAAAUAAAAUAAUUAAAUAAAAAUUUAAUAGAAAUUACUGGAAAUUCAUUUAUAAGUUGACAACGUCAUGUUUACUACGAAUUAUGACGAUUUUUCAUAUCCUGAAUUUUUUAAAAAUACAUUCUUCGCUUAUGUUGCAAAUCAAACAUUUUUCGAUAUACACAACGAAUUGAUCAUUCAUAACUUAGUCACUCAACCAAAGAGAAUCAACCCACGUCUAAAAUCAAAGUUAAAAUAAAUUAGUUUACAAUCAAAUAUAGUAAACCACGAUCUACCAAUUGGCAAUUUUAGACAAAACAAAGUAUGCCUAAAGCAAUAUCAUUAGCAUUUUUUCUCUAGUUCUACCAAAUUAACCAAAAUCAAACCAUUAUCUCCCAUUAAUCUACGCAAUUCACCUAUUAACUACAAAUUGACAAGUUAAAUGGGUUUGUGGGUUACUUAAAACAAGCAUGCUUAUUUGAAUUUACUUAUUAUUGUUAAUUACUAAUUAUGAUGAAUAACUUAUAACAUUAAAACUAUUGUCGUAUAAUAAAGGUGUGUUGCUUAUAAUUAUUAGAGUGGUGUCGGAAUUCUCAAAUUAAAAUAUUUUGUACUGAAAAAAUGGAGGUCCUUCACAAAAUUUUCUGGCGGAGGGGUGUCGGACCAAGUCCUAGGUCCGCCCCUGCCUAUAUGUAUGAUGUAUCUAUGAGAUUGAGAACUGAGAAGACGAGAAGAGAAAGAAACAUCCAUUGGCGCGGAGAGGAAGGAAGAGAGAGAAAAAAAACCUGAUCGAGGAAAGAACGGCACACAAUGGGAGACAACUUGGAUUUGGAUGCACCGGAUCGGGAACCCUACCAACUCGAAUACUGGAGUGACGAAGAACGAGUAAGUGCUGAAGAUCCAGAAUGUCAAGAAAUCUUGAAGAAUCAAACUCGUUCCGCCGCUGCAGUAGCUUUGGAAUCCUACUACAAGAGGGAGGGUGUGCAAUAUGUGCUCGAUGAGCCGUUGCGCAGCUUUUGUUUUCUUCUUGACGGCGUAGUUGUCUGCCACGCCAUCUUUACAGCUAAGAAGGUGGAGCUCGUAGUCAGUGACGAUAAGGAUGAUAGUGGCUCCUCCUCCUCCUCCUCCGGUAGCAGCCUUUCCAGUCCCACUACUCCGGCCAGUGAGCUUUUCUUCGCUGAGACAGCGCAAGUCAUCGGGAGGGACUUGGUGGUUACUUGUUGUGAAAUCAUGAAUCCGUCCUCUGAACCUGAUAGUGUCCGCGACGGUUGUCUAUAUUGUGGGAAAAGAAGGGAUCCAGUUUUAUACCAUCCUCUUGGUGGGAAGUGGAAGUAUGGUUGCCAGGCUGCUUUCAAGUUUUGAAGAUGAUAAACCUUUGAUUGGGAUCUGGGCGAAUUGAUCAAGGACACUCCCCCAGCUGCUCUGCUUCUCUAUGUUACAAAGAUGUUUUGGGGAUAUUUCAUGAUUUGGAACAUUUCGUCCGAUUGUUUAUGGUUUGUGACAUUGCAUUUUGGAUGUUUUUCAGGAUUAUUUGGGUAUUUUGGAUAUGAGAUAUAAGUAUGGGUAGGUAGUAGGAAUUAGUCAUAUUUAUAUUAUGUAAUUAUCGAGACUUUUUUAUUAAGUAAAUACAUAACAUAAAUAUCAAAAUCCUCUCUAGGUUCAGCCUAACCCUUUUACGGUUGAUCUAUAUUCUGGGUCAUAUCGGUCUAAAUUAGGGCUGUAAAUGAGUCGAGUCGAGUUUUACAUCAGGUUGAACUCGGCUCGUUAAUAAACGAGUCGAGUUCGAGCUAACUUGUUUAUUAAAAUCUUAACUUUUAUUUGAUACUUCAUUUUGUAUAUCAUAAUACAUAUGAUUUAUUUUGUUAGCUAAUCUCAUAUUAUACUUUGUUGGUAUCAUAUAUCAUUUAGUUAAUAAAUUUUAACUACUCCAAAUCAUGUUAUUUCAUAGUAUCGAAGCAAUUUAUGAUGCAUAAUUUCUUUUUAAAGUAGAAAAUAAGAUAUAUUGCUCACAAACUCAACGUGUUAAACUUUAUAUAUUGUGAAUAUAUAAUUUAACAACCAUAUGAAUUAAAAUCAUAAGAUAUAGAUUGAUUCGUCCAUAAGUUGGUAAUCGAGUUGGCUCUCUAGCCACAUGUCAAGACAUAUCAUGAGCUCUAAACGAGCCAGCUCACGAGUUUAGCUCACCAAGCCACCGAGUCGAGCUAGCUCGCGAGCUUCACGAGCUGAACAAAGGUGAGCUCGUGUUCGGCUCGUUUAUGAACAAGUCAAGUUUCGAACGAGCUUUUCUCGGGUCGAACGCCGAGCCGCUCGCGAGCAGCUCGACUCAUUUGCAGCCUUAGUCUAAAUGGUGUAUAGUUGAAGGUAGGAUGAUAAUUUUAGAAAUCACAAUAUAAAGUAGUUUAUUAAUAUGAAAUUCACACCAACUUCAAAUAUUAAAAAAAAAAAUACUAUUAUACUAAGAUACUCGCCUAUACCAAUUCAAAUUUCCAUUCCUUAUUCCAAUCGCCAUAGCCAAUUCCUUCUCCUUUAAGUUUUGCGUAAUGGGCCGUUUACUUGCCAUUCCAUUUCUGUUAGCUGCCACAACAGAAAACAAAAUGAAAAUGAAACUGUCAUUUCCUGGAAAACAAAACCUGAAAAAAUCUUGUUUAGCUGAGAAUUUUUGUGAGUUCUGAAACUGGGUUCUGAAAUGAAAACCUGUUUAGUUGCUUCAUUUGGUUUUCUGAUUCUUGAUUAUGAUACAACCCUAGCCAUGAUUAUAAUAACAAUUACGCAACUCUAAUAAUGACUAUAAUAACAAUUACAUUGUUUUUAAACUACUAAUAAACAUACGGAUAUUUUAUAUAAAAAAUAAUAUUACAACAUCAAACAUUGGAGAUUCUGUCUCUUUAAAAACCAAUAACACUGUCAUGAAUAUCAUUCUAGCAUCAUAGUUUAGUGCUCUGUGAUACUAGACACGUCUAAAUUAUAGUACCAUUUCAUCAACCAAACUUCACAAAUCCAUUAAACCCACACUAUAACCAUUUUUUUAAUAACACUAGAACCAUUCUAGAUAGAAACCCCACAUUAAAAGCUAGAAAGCCAAUUGGAAGACACCAACCACGACUACCAGGCCACCCAAAUCUGCAUCAACUACGACUACCUUGCCAACUUCACCUCCAACUCGUCCGCGACAUCCACAAUGAAUUUGCUGGAUUGGU